GCGUAAAAAUUCGAGUUAAAUGAGUGAAAUUCACAAAAAAAUGUUGAAAAAUGUCUGAAACAAUAAACAUUUUCCUCGAAUUUGACGCUUCUGACGGUUACAUCUUCAGCGUUCUCUCGGAGGAAAACCUGAAAAGGCGAAUCGUUCGCAGUAAAGAACGAAUUUUGGUUGUCAAGGAAAAUCCCGCUGUUCCCAAAACCAAUGUUCGAGUCUAUUGUGAGGUUCGGCGGAUGCCUUUGCCCUUGGAAAGCAUAUUUUUGAACGAAGAUCCUGUUAUUACGGAAGAUAUCAAGCCAGAAUUUCCUGAAGAACUUGAAUUAGGAGAAAUUCCAAAAUUGCCGUCUUGUUUGACAGUCAAAAUCAAGCCUCUUGAAGUUUCGAAGCCUCUUGAGCCAAAACGAGGUCCUAUUAUCUUAACAAAAGUAAAAAGUUUGAAAAAUGCUCCUCCGCCGAGCUUUUUGAAGGAUCUUCAAAUAAAAUUACCUCGAAUCGAUCAAGUUUUCUCCUUAAAAAAUUCAAGUUUGAGCCUUGAAGCACCAAAAAAUGUUGAAAAACCGCCGGUUUUUGAAGUUCCAACGCCCGUUAUCAUCAAAAGUACGCCCGAAAAGCCUAAUAACAAGAAAUUUUCUUGCCCGAAUUGCCCGAUGUUCUUUACCACGAAACACGCUUUGAUGACUCACACCGCGCGAAAAACUUGCUUCGUUCGAAUGCUCAACGGAGAGAAAAAAAUGGUUCGUCGUGUUAAGGAAUACAUCCCGCCUGACUUGGUUCUUCCGGAUUUAAACACUAUUCCGUGUCCGUAUGAAAAAUCUUUCCUUCAACCCGAUGGAACAACAGCUUACGUGUAUCACGUGAGUGAAUCUAGUCUCCGAAUCAGCAAUUUUGACUUACAAAAUUUCGUUUGCGGUAUUUGUGGCGAGAAUUCACGUGAUUCGAAGAACCUUUUGAUGCAUCGCUUGCAACAACACUUCUUUCCGGGCAACAAAAGGACCUGCAAUGGCUGCGAAAAGUACGUUGAAACGCACAAAGAACGUCGUGAUCAUGUACUUUAUUGCUUGAAACACACGGAAAUUGAUCCGAACAAGUGUUACAUCUGCAAUUCGGUGUUUGCGGAGCUAACUUCGUUGAAAGUUCACCUGUAUCAAGAACAUCCGUACCAAAAUGACCCCGUCGAGUACACAUUUGAGUGCAAAAUCUGCAAUAAAUUCUUCAAAUCGCGCGAUAAUCGUAAAAGUCACAUUCGUCGGGUGCAUCAAAAGUACAAAGAACCGAGAGUUUAUUGCGCGCAUUGUCCGUACGAAGCGAGAAACAAGAAAACUUUGUACAAUCAUCUCAUUACGAGACACUUCCCGAACUUGGCAGCCGAAAUUUGUGAGGUUUGUCGCCCAACGAGGUAUUUUGUGUCGAACUCCAAAUACGUGCAACACAUGUCUGCCAUGCAUCGCGGCUUGAAAUUCAAUCCUGACACAACUUUGGAAGCUUUGCGGAAACAAAACAUGAAAAUAAUCCAAAGAAAACCGCUUCGGAUGCAAAAAUAUCGCUUCGAGGAUGUUCGAGUUCCCAAACGAGCUGACAAUUUUUACGUCGAAGACAUGGAAAUUAUUGAAGAACUUCCCGUUUUAGAGCCAAAAGUCGCUGAAAAGGCCCCUGAAGAGGAAGAAAAGGGAAAUAAUUACAUGAAAGUUGAGCUAAUCCCGUCGGAUUCGACAAAAAUUACGAAAAAUCUCACCAAAUUCGAUUUGCAACUCAAUCGGAAGUCAACUUUGGAUUAUUUGCCGGAAGGAGUUUUGAUCCCGAGCAACUUUAAAACGUUCAAACAUCCCAUUCAUGUGAGUGUUGAUCAGCCGGAUGGCACAACAGUGUACAUUUAUCAGUCCUCGGAGACGUCAAUUCUGUUUAUUUCGAAUUUUGACUUGCGUUGUAAUCGUUGCGAGCUCUGCGGACAAGAUUUUUCCAACGGAUUUUACACUUCUUUCAUCAAACAUCGUCAGAAUUUCCAUUUUUUCCCCGGAGAUCGAGAAGAAUGCGUUGCUUGCGGAAAAUCCUUCGAUUCGGCGGAUAAACGACAACGUCACUCGUUGUUUUGCACGGAAAAAGACAAAAUGGACAUCGGCUUGUGCUACAUUUGCAACAUCCAAUACGACGACUUUUACAUGUAUCGCCAACAUUUGAUGGCAAUGCAUCCGAGACUUUCGCACGGAGCGAAAUCCAACAUGCGAACAUGUCCGAUUUGCAGUAAAACCGUGUCGGCGAAUGUCAUAAGGGAUCACAUGCGACGUCACGACAACCCGAAGCCAUACAAAUGCAACGAGUGUGGCAAUGUUUAUGCCAUCAAGCGAAGUCUCCGGAAUCAUUUGUUGGAAGUUCAUUUUCAAGACUUGUGUUCGCACAAAUGCGAAGAAUGCAAUCCGGUGAGGUACUUUGAAAUGUUGUCGGCGUACUUGACUCAUCGGAAGAACAUGCACAAUUUGAUGGUUGAUCCGAAAAAUGUCUUGAGGAAACAGCCAGAGCGAAAAAAAUGCCCAAAAUGCGGAAAACAUGUCGUUUGUCUUCAAGAUCAUUUGCAAACGCAUGCUGAUGCGGAGGCAAUGUUUGUGACGAAUCAGGGAAAAUCUUGCGAAAUUUGUGGAAAGUUGUUUAAAAAGACAUCCUCGUUGAUGAAUCAUAAGAAAUCGCAUUUGCCGGAGCACGAGAGACCGUUCAAGUGUGCGCAUUGUGCAAAGGGAUUUAAUUCCAUGGCAGCUGUGACGGAACAUGAAAGACUUCAUACAGGUGAAAAACCCCUCGUUUGCCCAUUUUGUCAAAAAGCCUUUGCCCGUCAACAAACAUACACGGAUCACGUAAAAACUCACACAGGUCAAGGUUACAAAUGUGAACAUUGCGACAGAGUCCUGAACGAUCACAGCAGUUUCCGGAAACACUUGAAGGUACACGAAAAGGAGCUUGGCAUAAAACUUACUUACACAAAAGACGAACGACGCUGGAAAGACAUGGGCUUGUACGAAAAAGCAAAAGAUUUCAUCUAAAUUUACUUAAAAAAUAAUAAAUGUUAUUUGUCACAAAAUAAUUCACGUUCAAAUCUCAGA